UUAACAUCGUGACAAUCGACCAGCACCGCCACCUCCCAGUUCAUCAAAGAGAAAGCGGCCGAGUGUAUACUUUAUCCGUGCGCCUGCCCUACUCUAUUUGUUUACCAAUUUGCUUUCGUCUGAGAUUCCAUCAGCAUGGCAUCACCAGCGUCGCGCCUGCCGCCUUUGCCAUUACCAGACGGCAUCGUCGAGAACUACGUCUACUGUCCAUCAAAUGGCAUCACCUUCCACACGCUCGAAGCUGGUCAUACUCCCCAACGCGACAAGCCUCUCAUCAUCCUAUGCCACGGCUUUCCAGAGCUUGCCUUCUCUUGGAGGAAGGUCAUGAUACCCAUCGCUGAUGCGGGCUAUCAUGUGGUAGCCUUCGAUCAACGUGGCUACGGACGCACAACCGGAUGGGACAACUCUUCGUUCCCCAACACCAACUUAUCGCAGUUUGCUCUGACCAAUGUUGUCCGCGACGUGGUUACACUGGUUAAUGCUCUGGGUUAUCGAGAGGUUAAGUGUAUCGUCGGACACGACUUCGGUGCUGUCACUUCCAGCAUGUGUGCUCUGAUGCGUCCAGACCUCUUCAAAAGCGUUGUCAUGAUGAGUCAUCCUUUCAAAGCGCCUGCACAGCUGCCAUUCGAUAUAGCUCACGGUGGCGCUCGCGAACCUGCGCCAUCGCCUGACAUUCAUGCUGAGUUGGCAAAGCUGCCCGUGCCGAGGAAGCAUUACAAGUGGUAUAACAGCACUAGUACAGCUGGAGUCGAUUGGAUCAACCCAAGCCAAGGCCUGCACGCCUUUCUUAGGGGGUAUCUCCAUGUCAAGUCAGCCGACUGGAAGGAUAACUCACCACACCCUCUCAAAAGCUGGACGGCCGAAGAGAUGGCCAAAGUGCCGAAUUACUACAUUAUGCCGUUGCACAAGUCGAUGCCCGAUACUAUUGCUGACAUGAUGGCCAACCAAGAUAGCUCGACGACUGAGAUAUGGAUGCCUGAACAAGACCUUGCAAUCUACGUCCAAGAAUGGUCACGGACAGGCUUCCAGGGCGGUCUCAACUACUACCGAAUCACCACCGAUCCAGUCCUUCAAAAAGAUCUCGAGCUAUUUGCGGGCAAGAAGAUCGAAUGUCCAAGUACCUUCAUAUCAGGUGCCAAGGAUUGGGGUAAUUAUCAACAGCCCGGGGCCCUCGAGGCCUAUCCCGAGUCAUGUUCAGACUUUCGAGGGAUCCACUUGAUCGACAAUGCAGGACACUGGCCCCAGCAAGAACAGCCGAAGGGAGUAGUUGAAGCGAUAUUGGGGUUCGUUCGCUAUCUUUAAGUCAAUUGCAGCUGCGGCGUAUACGAUGCUUGACAAAAUAUGCGAUUCUCCCAACUUAUCAAGUAUGCGGAUCCCGAUCGUCCGCAUGUUUAAAAUCCGAUUCAAUCUACCAAUCAAGGGGUUCCUUUCGUUUCAGAUCAGAGAUGACCAUCUUACUAAGGCUGCUACGCCGCUACGCCGC